AUGUCAAACGAAUGUAAAAGAAUGAAUUGGUUGAAAAAUCAUGACUGUUCAACUCUUCUAAAAGCAUCCUAUUUGGAGAAAUUUCGACGUGCCAUAUCAUAUGAACCUGCCACGCCUACGAAGCAAAAACGAUUUAUGUCUGAUAAUAUUAUAGUAUCUUUCCGUAUGGAUGAAAAAAUUCCUGAAACUAGCGAAAAUUCAUCGUCGGACGAUGUAUUUGCUUCAUCAAAUAAUGAAGUUAGAAUAACUGUUGAAGAAAACUCGAUAACAUCAUCAACUAGAAAAAUGCAUCCGCUUAAAGCCUGGUAUCGACACACUGUUCCUGAUUCUAUAACCUGUCAUCAAGCAUGGCUUGCGAUUCAUAUUUCAGUGACUAUAGCUUUAUGUGUACUCUAUUUUGCACACAUCAUUCAUAUUUCAGGCGGUACUAUUUCGAUUUGUGAAUUACUUUUUGGUGUACUAGUACGAAAUGAAAUCUUUAUAGCUUUACUUCAUCGAAUUGUUGCAUUGAUUCCCUGUUUCAAAUAUGAAUUUAAUCGAAUGUUACAUUGUAUCGGUGGUCUUCAUGUUUCAUCAGCCAUCUGCGCUUUUCUCUGGCUAUUAAUUUCUCUUAUAUUCGAACUGCAUGGUUUUGGCGCACGAAUAACUGGUGGUAUUAUUUCAUUUCUCAUUGUAUUUCUUUCAUUAACGGCUAUACCAAUAGUUCGUCGUCGUUUCCAUAAUAUAUUUGAACACAUCCAUCGUUAUGUUGGAUGGACAACAUUGAUUAUACUUGUUAUUCAUGUGAUCUUUCUUCAAUUGGACAAAUUCGAUUCUUUUAGUACAGCAACUCUCUUCAAUGUACCUGUACUUAUCUUAGUAGUUAUUGUUAUAAUUGUCUUUCUACCUUGGAUAUGUAUUCGUAAAGUGGUCGUACAAUAUAAUCAACCAUCAAAAGAUUUAACUGUGAUUACAUUUCCUAGUGCAUUGUAUCCGUACGGUUCAACUACACGCAUAUCAUUAGACGGACACGAAUGGCAUGCAUUUGCUAUUGCUCUCACGGAUCCAUGCACAAAUCAACAUUCAAUAUUAGUUGCAGUUGCUGGCGAUUGGACUAAGAAAUUAGCUGAGAAUUGUCGUGCGCAUCAAUUGCCAGAACAUAUUUGGAUUCGACAAAUAAAAGGUCUUGGUUUUAUGUAUAGCAUUCAUACUUAUCGGAAAGUAUUAAUCGUAUGUACAGGUGCUGGUAUUGCACCAGCAUUGCCCUACAUUAAAGACUCAUUGCCUACAACUCAUGUACACCUGCUAUGGAUUGGAAAACAACAUCAACGUAUUUAUGGAGAUUAUGUUUGGAACUUAGUUCAAAAAACAUAUCCACAUUUUACUUUGCAUGAUACAUCAGUUAGUGGACGACCUGGUGUUCAACUCGUAGAAGAUCACUUUUGGAAAACAGAAUCAGAAGCUGUAUUUGUUGUAUCGAAUGAAAAAUUCACUGUCGAAGUGACUAAUGCACUUUGGCGUAAAGAUAUUCCUUGUUUCGGUGCUUUAUUUGAUAGUUAG